UGUUUCACUCAAAAUAUGCAAACUAGAAAACAUUCAUCAGGAGGAGGAAUAAAGAGUCUGAUUACAUCUCUCGGAAAGAAAAAAAUCUUUGGAAAAUGGAUCAGACAGAGGAACCACUCAAAACACAACAGCAGCACCCAGAAGAAGUUGAACAUCAUGAGAAUGGUGCCACUAAGAUGUUUAGGAAAGUGAAGGCAAGAGCUAAGAAGUUCAAGAACAGUCUUACUAAAACUGGUCAAGGCCAUGAACAUGAUCACGAUGUCGUUGAAGAUGGUGACGACGACGAAGAUGAUGAGCUAGAAUCAGAAGUGAACAGUUCACAUGGUGUAACAGGUAAACCUGAGACUCUGAGUCAUCCCAGAGAAACUAGUGUUCCGGCACCGGAGGAGAUUGUUCCACCAGGGACAAAGGUAUUUCCGGUUGUGUCUUCUGAUUACUCCAAACCAGUCGAACCUGUAUCUUCUGAUUACUCCAAACCAGUCGAACCUGUAUCUUCUGAUUACUCCAAACCAGUUGAACCUGUAUCUUCUGAUUACUCCAAACCAGUUGAACCUGUACCAAUACAUGAUUCUUCUUACGGGCACGAGUCUUUGUUUAAUCAUCCAAAAACGACGGAUACAUCGGACAAGGAAGAGAUCAGAGAUGUGCCGAUUCGUCAUCCUGUGCCCGAACUAUCAGAUAGAGAAGAGAGCAGAGAGACUCAUCAUGAGUCAUUGAACACUCCUGUGUCUCUGCUUUCUGGAACAGAGGAUGUUUCAAGGACGUUUCCUCCAAGUGGUGAAGAUGAUCAUCUCGGUGGUGAACGGAAGGUCAACUUCGAGACUCCUAUAAAGAUAGAGGAUGAUCCAGCUGUUCCAGUAGGAGGAUCAACAGAUUAUCUCAGUGGUGUAUCUAAUUACGAAUCCAAAGUCACUGAUCCCACCAAAGCAGGAAGUGGAGAAGCUGGAGUACCAGAGAUUGCUGAGUCUUUUGGUCAGAUGAAAGUGACAGAUGAGUCUCCUGAUCAGAAACCAGGACAAGGUUUCGAAAGAGACUUGUCGAGGAGAAGCAAAGAAUUCAGAGAGUUCGAUCAAGACUUCAACUCUGUACUCGGUAAGGACUCGCCAUCGAAAUUUUCAGGUGAAUCAGAAGCUGAGCUUGAAAAAGAUUCUUCGACAAGAAGCCAUGACUUUGAUAUGAAGACUGAAUCUGGAUUGGACAAGAAAUCUCCGUCAAGAAGCCAUGAGUUUGACCUCAAGACUGAGUCUGGACUCGACAAGAACUAUCCAAUGGGUUUUGGAAGUGAAUUAGGAGCUGAGGUGGGAAGAGAUGAGUUUGAUCAGAAGAUCGGAUCAGGAAGAAACGAGUAUUCGCCGGAAUCUGACGGCGGAUUAGGAGCUCCGUUGGGUGGAAACUUUCCGGUGAGAAGCCAUGAGUUGGAUUUGAAGGAAGAGUCUGGAAUAGACAAGGACACGCCGACGGGAUUUGACGGGGAACCAGAUUUUCUAGCUAAGGGACGACCUGGAUACGGCGACGCAUCAGAAGAGAGAAACUUACCGACGGCGAGAAGUCAUGAUGUGAAAGUAGAGACUGAGUUGGGAAGAGCCUUAUCAACGGAGACUCAUGAUGGAUUACUCGCACCGGAACAAUCUCGUCCUAAAGAGAGAGAUGAGUUUGAGGAGUCGAGAGAUGAUUUCGAGGAGACUAAAGAUGAGGCAAAACCUAAGACUUACGCACAACAGUUUGCGUCAAUGCUAGGUUACUCCGGAGAAAUCCCCGAGGGACAUCAAACUCAAGCGGCAAGAACUGUUGAUGAUGAGGAUGAGAAGUUGACUCCGGUUAACGUGAAGGAUGAAGAAACAGAGUCUGCCGUGACGGGGAAGUUACCUUUCUCUGGAGGUGAAAGUGGAGUGGAGGAGACGGAACAAGGGGAAAAGAAAGAUGUGUCUGGUAGGGAUUAUCUCGCGGAGAAACUGACACCUGGAGAAGAAGACAAGGCUUUGUCUGAGGUGAUCGCUGAGAAACUUAAGAUUGGAGAAGAAGAAGAGAAGAAGGAAACUACGAAAAAGGAGAUGGAUGUGAAGGUGGAGAAGACCCCUACCGAGAAGUUAUCGGUAGAGGGAGAACACGGUGAGGCGGGUGAAGAGAAAGUGGAAGGAGGAGGAAUGGUUGGGAUGAUUAAAGGAUGGUUCGGUGGUGCUGCGACGGAGGAGGUGAAGCCAAAAUCGCCACAUUCCGUUGAAGACUCUGAGUCUCCACAAUCACUUGGCACAACCGUUGGAACUAAGGGGUUUCCGGAGUCCAGUGGAAGUGAGCUAGGAGAGAGUGGCGUUGGUGGCGGAAUUGUGCGGUGAAGAGAGGAGUUUAAGAAUAUGAGAACCGAGAUUUGGGUUUACUUUUAAAUGUUUCUGUGUUAUGUUUGAUGUCUUUUGAUUCGACUUUGAUAAAUUUGAACGGAUUUGGAGAACAAAGGUAAAUGCUGAAUAAUUUUGUAUUAUUGGUUAA